ACAAAAGAACACUAAGUGUGUGCCUGUGUGUAUGAUGAUGGUGUAUGACGGUGUUGACUCUCCAGUGGACAAAGGAUUAAUGCCACACAGCAAGGACUCUCCUUUUCCCUCAGCGGUCCAUGGAAAGAGUAGUUAAGACCUCGAGCGGUUUAACUGAGCAGGUUAUAAUCCAGAAAGAGUCUAUUUCCUCAGAAAAGCCAUAGAAAUUCCAGAGCAGAUUAACUAACAAUGCGUAGCAAAAGCACUGUUUCUUUCCUGGUUAGAUUUUUGGGCUGUUGUUAAAGGGAACUUUUUAAAUAUAAUGUAACAUAUUGAAGUGAAUGGUCUGAAUGGACUCCAUGGAAUCUUGGUCUCUCUCUGAAAAAAAACUCUUGCUGUGAAGGCUGUGUUUGUUCACAGUAGGAUGCUUGCUAAAAUCUGGACUUUUCUUCAACAAAGGCAAGGCUGGUGCAUAACGGAAUCUAUAUAACAGCUUUUGUGUCUCAAGUGAAGUAUUUGAUUUAUUUUGAAGUCAAACCUUUUAGAUGUACUUUGUCCAUAUGUUCUAUAAUGGGAAAGAACAGGUAUGUUACCAUCUCUGCUUCCACUGGAUAUUCUUUUCUGAGGUAGGCUACAAGUCUCAUCAAGUGGAGAACAACAUUUUUUAGACGUGUUUUUUUUAACUUGAGUGUUUUUACUUGCUGGCAUUUUUUAGACGUGUUUUUUUUAACUUGAGUGUUUUUACUCGCUGGCAUUUUUUAGACGUGUUACAAAAGACGUUGAAGUGGAGAAUCACAUUCCUAGCAUCAGCAACUUCUCUUCUCAAGCAAACCCACUUCUAGUUGUGUCUCACAGCCAUGGCCUUUGGAGACCUUCUAGAACAAGUGGGCAGCACGGGCCGCUUUCAGGUCCUGCAUGUCACCUUGCUCUGUAUGCCCAUCCUUAUGAUGGCCAGUCAUAAUCUGUUGCAGAACUUUGUGGCCUCAGUACCCCCCCACCACUGCAGUGUCCACAGGAACCUGUCCCUGUCUAGUCUGAGCCCGGAGCAGGUUCUGCUGCUCACCGUGCCCCAGGACAUUAAGAACAGCAGGCCGGAGAGAUGCCUGCGCUAUGCUGCGCCCCAGUGGCAGCACCUGUCAGAGAAUGGGACCUACAGUCCGAAGGUGAAGCGAGACAGUAGUAAUGAUACUGAAGACCUUCUAGAUGCUGAGCUGCAGGGCUGUAAAGAUGGAUGGGAGUACAACAUGACAGAGAUGAGUUCCACAAUUAUCUCUGAGUGGGACUUGGUCUGCGAUCUUCGCUCGUUGAAGCAGAUGGGACAAACCAUUUAUAUGGGAGGGGUGCUUGUGGGAGCUGUAAUCUUUGGGGGACUGUCGGACAGAUUUGGACGGCGUUUCCUGCUGCUAAUCUCCAACCUGUUGAUGGCAGUGGGAGGGACGUGUGCUGCCUUCUCCACCUCAUUCUCCGUCUUCUGCCUCUUCCGCUUCAUCACUGGCAUGGCCCUUUCUGGCCUGGGGCUCAACUCCUUCUCUCUCAUUGUGGAGUGGAUUCCCACAAGAGUGAGGACAGUGGUGGGUACAGGGACAGGCUACUGUUACACAAUGGGUCAGCUGAUCCUGGCAGUAGUGGCCUACUUCAUUCGGGACUGGCGCUGGCUAACGCUGGCUGUCUCCGUACCUUUCUACAUCACCUUCCUCUACUCAUGGUGGUUCCUGGAGUCUGCAAGAUGGCUCGUCCUGAACAGAAAGUCUGAGCAAGCGGUCAAAAAUCUCAAAACAGUGGCCCGAAUCAAUGGACGCCGUGAAGAGGGUGACAGAAUCAAUCUUGAAAUGCUGCAGGAUUCCAUGAAGAAGGAGAUGUCCUGCUCACAGGGCUCCUACUCUGUAGUAGACCUGCUCCGCACGCCCACCAUGAGGAACAUCACCAUCUGUCUCAGUGCUGUCUGGUUCUCCACGAGCUUCGCCUACUAUGGUCUAUCUAUGGAUCUGCAGAAGUUUGGUGUGGACAUCUACUUGAUUCAAGUGAUAUUCGGAGCGGUGGACAUCCCUGCCAAAGUAGUGGUUACAGUGUCCAUGAGUAUAUUUGGGAGACGGCCCUCACAGUGCGCUGCACUCAUAUUGUCUGGAGUCACCAUUUUGAUCAACAUAUUGGUGCCAUACGAAAAACAGACAGUGCGCACCACUCUAGCCGUGCUGGGUAAGGGGUGCCUGGCCGCGUCAUUCAACUGCUGCUACCUCUACUCUGGAGAGCUGUACCCCACCAUCAUCCGGCAGAAUGGCAUGGGCUGGGUGUCCAUGAUGGCUCGUGUAGGAGCGAUGGUGGCCCCCAUGGUGCUGCUCCUUGGGGAGGCUGUCCCGUGGCUGCCUGGCUUCAUCUAUGGGGUAGCCCCCAUCUUAAGUGGGGUGGUCGCCAUCUAUCUGCCAGAAACACUUGGUGCACCACUACCCGACACUAUCCAGGAUGUGGAUGAGAGAAGUGUCAAGAAAACAAUCCUCAAUGCCUCGCCCAAGAAGGAGGAGCUGGACAUGGUAGAUAUCCAUAAUACCCUGUUCAAGGAAGCUGCCUGAAGACUCAUCAAAUGUUACUGACCUUGCCUGUAUAGUCUAAAUAGAUACUACAGUUGCUUGCUCUACAGUUUUUUCACAAAGACUGUAAGGUCUUACCAUGAUUUGUUUUGGAAGACUGAUGAACUAUGAGCUACGUAGAAUAAUGAAAUAAUCUGCUGUGGUACACUAUGGUCUGUUUAACAUUUAAUAUUUCAACAGUAAAACAUGAAUUAAUGCUAGAUUGUGAGUAAAUAAAUAUAUGCUACAGUAUAUUGUGUAUUCUAACUACAACUUUAUUUGCAUCUUUCUAUGGGCCAGGCCUAUAUUUUUAUGACAUAUACUAGUAUGCAUUCCUUAAAAUAAUGACCAAGUUAUCCUCACCUUCUAUCAGUAUGAUCAGUAUGAAUGGUCUUAGCCAUGUGGCUAUAUUGUUUGUGACUGUGGCACAAUUUCCGUUACAGUCCAUGAAACUGGUCAUCUUGACUGGGCAUGGUAUUUGUAGCUGGAAUCGGUUUGUGUAGCUUAGGCCUACAGUAUAUCAGGUAGAAAAUAAAAUGUCAGAUGUUGUCCUGUCUCCGUAUUUUCCUAGAAAACGAGGAGGGGAAAAUGCAAAUCAUAUUACCUAAAUAAAAGAUGCUACACAUGGUCAGUGUUUAAAAGAUCAGAAGAAGAUCAGAUAGAUACAUAACAUAACUUUUUUUUAGGACAUGAUGCCCAGAAAGUGCAAAGUUGCGUAUGUGGGCCUACAACACCCCUAACCUACAUUGAACAUGCUUUUUAAGUCCAGGACUCGAGUAGGCUUAUUUUGGUUCAAUAAAAAAAUACAGAUUAGAAAAACUCCCUAAAAAAUGUCCCUAUGGUUCAGACUUUAAGCAAAGGGUAUAGAAUUGAAUCACGUUGAGAACACAAUCGUUUACAUUUGGCAAAAACAAGUUGGUCUCAAAAGAGUGUUCUCACUGCCAAUGAAAAGGGGAGUAUCCUAGUAUGUACAGUACCAGUCAACAGUUUAGACACACCUCCUCAUUCAAGGGUUUUUCUUGAUUUUUACAAUUC